UGCCAGAAGAUCCGCAGGAAGAGCGACGGCAAGGUAUUAGUUUGGAAAGAACUUGACUAUGGAUCCAUGACAGAAGCAGAGAAACAGAUGCUUGUUUCUGAAGUGAAUUUGCUUCGUGAAUUGAAACAUCCAAACAUCGUCCGAUACUAUGAUCGAAUUAUUGACCGAACCAACACAACCCUGUACAUUGUAAUGGAAUAUUGCGAAGGAGGGGACCUGGCUAGUGUAAUUACAAAGGGAACCAAGGAAAGACAAUACUUGGAGGAAGAGUUCGUUCUUCGCGUGAUGACUCAGUUGACUCUGGCCCUGAAGGAAUGUCACAGACGAAGUGAUGGUGGUCAUACCGUGCUUCAUCGGGAUCUGAAACCAGCCAACGUCUUCCUGGAUGGCAAGCAAAAUGUCAAGCUCGGAGACUUCGGGCUAGCUAGAAUACUGAACCAUGAUACGAGUUUUGCAAAAACAUUCGUUGGCACACCUUAUUAUAUGUCUCCAGAGCAAAUGAAUCGCAUGUCUUACAAUGAGAAAUCGGACAUCUGGUCCCUGGGUUGUUUGCUGUAUGAAUUGUGUGCGUUAAUGCCUCCGUUUACAGCUUUCAACCAGAAAGAACUAGCUGGAAAGAUCAGAGAAGGCAAAUUCAGGCGAAUUCCAUACCGUUACUCUGAUGAAUUGAAUGAUAUUAUCACGAGGAUGUUAAAUCUGAAGGAUUAUCAUCGACCUUCUGUGGAAGAAAUUCUCGAGAGCCCUUUGAUAGCAGGCUUAGUUGAAGAAGAGCAAAGAAGAAACCUUGAGAGAAGAGGGCGACGAUUGGGAGAGCCAGAAAAGUUGCAGGAGUCUGGUCCUGUUCCGAGUGAGCUGAAACUAAAGGAAAUGCAGCUACAGGAGCGGGAGCGAGCCCUCAAAGCCAGAGAAGAAAGAUUGGAGCAGAAGGAACGGGAGCUUUGUGUGCGUGAGAGACUAGCCGAAGACAAACUGGCUAGAGCAGAAAGUCUGUUGAAGAAUUACAGCUUGCUGAAGGAACAGAAGUUCCUGUCGCUGGCGAGUCACCCAGAACUUCUUGAUCUUCCAUCCUCAAUAAGUAAGAAGAAAGUUCAUUUCAGCGGGGAAAGUAAGGAGAACGUCAUGAGGAGCGAGAAUUCCGAGAGUCAGCUCCCCUCCAAGUCCAAGUGCAAGGACCUGAAGAAACGCCUUCACGCUGCUCAGCUGCGGGCCCAAGCGCUGUCCGACAUUGAAAAAAAUUACCAGCUGAAGAGCAGACAGAUCCUGGGCAUGCGUUAGCCCUGCGGGAGCCCCGCAGUGGUGUCCGGUAUUUGGUAAUGGCCACCCUUGGAAGAUGGAUAUUUCAGCACUGUAGUUCUCUUGAUAGCCUUGGUUCUGUGAGCCUUCCUCUGGCGCAGUAAGCGUGAUGCUUCGGAAUUGCUUCGCUGUUCUUAAAACUUCUCAAUGACUGUACGAAAUGACUGUGCAAAAUAUCUGCACCUUUCCUUUUUCUUCUUUUAAGAACACUUGAUAGAAAGGAUGAUACUUUGGCUGGUUGGGUUUUUAAUCCUGUGUGUGACUGCUACCAGGAACAUACGAGGUGACAUUCCAAAUUUUGGGGGGAAAAAUAAUGUUAGGAAAAAAUAUUUAUCCAGGAGGGGUAGUUGUUGAGAAGUUUCCAGUGACUGAGGAGUGUGCUGACGAUCGUCAUGUCUGGGUGUAAAAUUUAAGCCCGAUAGUACUUGAGAAGUUUUAAAUGAUUGGGUGGUGUGCUGCCGAUUGUGAUGUCUGGGUGUAAAAUUUAAGUCUGAGGUUUUAAGUGUUCCUAAGCUUAGGAAACCUGACUGAGUGCAAGUCGUUCUCUGACUCGGUGACUCUUACUCAUAGACGUCCCAUUGCUCUGGAACGGAAUCUGUUACCUUUGUGAAUAUUCAUCACUGUGAUGUCUAUAUUUUUUUCCUUUUUCUUCUAUUCAAUAGUAACCGACUGGAUGUCAUCUACGCAUC